AUGGAGUGCUCUGAGAGCUAUGGAAUGCUGCCGUGUUCCACGCGAGUGGUCGGCAAUCUCUACCUCUUGGCGACGUAUGGAUUCGUCAUGCUCAAGGCGGCGCAGCUCUUGUCCGAUGGGAGCGAGCUGCUGCUCACGGUGCUCAACCCGGGGAUCAUCGGCGGCCUGCUGCUCCCGAUUCUUGGAUCCCUACCGGAUGCGCUCCUCAUUCUCGUGUCGGGACUGGGAGGGAAUCAAGAGACCGCGCAGUCGCAAGUUUCAGUUGGAAUGGGAUUGCUUGCCGGAUCGACGAUAAUGCUGCUGACGCUCUUGUGGGGUAGCUGUCUCUUUGUUGGCCGCUGUGACUUAUACCCCGUUCAUGCCGAUUUGGUCGCCAAGGACCGCACGCUCACAAGAGGUUUCAGCUUGACUGGAACUGGAAUCACAACUGAUUCUCAGACCACUGUUUCGGCGUGGAUAAUGAUCGCCACUGUUUUUCCUUACGUUCUGGCGCAGCUCCCGCAUUUGCUACACCGGCCGUCGUAUGGACAUCCGUUUGCGGUGGUGAGCUGCGUGAUCUCGUUCUGUGCCCUCUUCAUCUACUGCGGCUACCAGGUUGUGUCGCCAUGGAUUCAACAGAGGAGGAUUUACUUUGCAAGGCAUCGAUACCGCCAGUCGCAUGCUCUGCACAGAGUUCACGUCUACUCUACUCAGCAAGCUUGGGGAGGUCUGUUUCUCGAGGAUGGGGUCACUCCAAACAAAGAUGCUCUUCUCAGAAUUUUUGGAUACUUUGAUGAAAAUGAUGAUGGUCAUCUCUCGGAGAGGGAGCUGAGGGGUCUUAUCGUGGGCCUGGGUAUAACGCACGAGACGCAUCUUCCCGAGGAGGAAGAGGUCCAAAACUGGCUCAAAGAGUUCGACACCUCCAGGGAUGAUAAGGUGUCGCAGGAAGAGUUCGUUGCCGCCAUCACCAAGUGGAUGAGAAGCUUUCGCGCCAAGGAUUCCCAUAGAGACAAUCCCGAGUACUGGGACUCACAGGCCAAGGACGCUCGCUCAUCUCUGGAUGCUUUGCUAGAGCAGCAGCCAGAUGACGACGAAGACGAUGACGAGCAGGAUAAGCAGAAUCCAAAGCAGGUUAUCUUAAAAGCAUCGGCAUUCAUCCUCGCUGGGGCAGUCAUCGCCGGAGUAUUCGCGGACCCUUUGGUCGACGCGAUUGACAACUUCUCCAAAGCAAGCAAGAUUCCAUCCUUCUUCGUCGCUUUCGUAGCAACUCCACUGGCGACCAACUCGAGCGAAGCGGUGUCAUCUCUUAUGUUCGCUGCGAGGAAGAAGAAGCGGAACAUCUCCAUGACUUACUCGCAGAUAUACGGUGCUGUUACACUCAACAACACGCUCUGCCUCGGAGUUUUCCUGGCCAUUGUCUGUGCCAGAAGACUUGUAUGGGACUUCUCCUCGGAGGUAACUGUGAUAGCAGUAGUCACCUUUCUGGUGGGACUGCUCGGGGGAAAGAGGACUACGUUUCGGCUGUACAUGGCAUUGGCAGUACUCUCGUUGUAUCCGCUAUCCAUUGCUUUGGUAGCGGGUCUGGACUACGGGCUUGGAUGGCACUGAGGCCAACUGAUGGAUUCUCCAGUCCGGGUACGGUGUUUUUGUUGCUUUCAACACGCUAAUCAAUCAAUCGCGCUCUUUCUCGUGCCGAGCAACAACGGGGGUCAUGUGAAAGGAUAGGAAUUGUAAGUAAAGCAGGCAACAGGGACAGGGUUGACUUGUUGGAUUCGGGAGACGACGUGUUGCACGACGACCGCGAUCUUUUGCUGGAGAACAAGUGGCUUUCAGUGUACGUUUUAUGUUUUUAUUGAGAACUUCUCAGCUGCUGAAGUCCGUCAAGAUAUCUGGGUACGUGUGCUCCCGGUUUGAUUUUUCCAGGGACUGUGCCAAAAGUUGGGACAAGCAAGCAACUUUUGUUUGAUGGGAGUCAUUGGCACUGAUUUUUCUGUUUGUCACAACUUUUAGAAGGAUAUAUCAAUAUCAGUAAUUGGUUUGACUAUCU